ACUGCAUGGGGGUGGUGAUGAGAGCUGUCUCCAAGCUUGGAGACAUCUGCCAGGAACUUACCGACAAACUGUCUGAAGAAGAAGCAGACAAGAUGGAUCAAUAUGCAGUCAAUGUCACUCUGGAUCCUGAGACUGCUUCAGGCUGGCUGGUCCUGUCUCCAGACAGAAAGAAGGUGAGCGUCAGCAGCAAGAAGAACAAUUCUCCACUCUCAGACAGUCCUCAGCGCUUUGACUCCUGCGUCUGUGUUUUGGGGAAACAAAGCUUUGCAUCUGGAAGACGUUACUGGGUUGUUGAGGUUGGGGAUAAAACAGACUGGGAUCUUGGCGUGGCCAGUGAGUCCAUCAACAGGAAGGGGGUCAUCAGGGUGCGUCCCGACAACGGUUACUGGGCGAUCUGCCGGAGGAAAGGUAGCAGUCUCAGUGCCUGUGCCGGUCCCACCGUCACCCUCCACCUCCAGGAAACCCCCAAGAAGGUGGGCGUGUUCCUGGACUACGAGGAAGGGUCGGUGUCCUUCUACGACGCAGAAGCAAAGACCCACAUUUACACUUACAGCGGGUGUGACUUCACUGAGCUCCUCUACCCGUACUUUAACCCCUGUGUUCAAGAAGAUGGGAAGAACACCGCCCCGCUGAUUAUCUGUCCUGUUGAUGGAGGAGUCAGGGAAGGACGGGACAUAACCACUGAGUCAGCUGUAUGACGUGUCAUAAGAAAGGAUGAUG